GACUAAUUAACUGCAUAUCGGUAUUCACCGUAUAUGUAAAGCCCGGAAGAGUCUGCGAACAAAAGAAAAAAAGUAAAACGAAAAGAAAGGGAAAAAUAUAAGCUUUUUUUUUUUUUUUUUUCAUUGCCCAUAACAAAAAUGGCUGCCUUGACAUCUAUACUGUAAUUGUAGGAGAUGGUUGUAUUGAAAAUAAUAGAGCUAGAAACAGCAGCUCUGGAGAUCACUGUGCAGUGUUGCUGUGUCUCUUGUGAGUUGAACCCUGCUCACUCCAGGAGGGAGUUUCUUUGGAGGUGACCUGGAGUGGCCAUGCGGUAAGGAGCACUGUGUAGGGCGUUUGACAGCUGACAGCCUGCGAGCUUUGCUGUGCUGACUAUUGCUGCUACUCUUCCCAUUGACAGAAGCCAUGAGCUCCCUGUGCACAAAUACUCUGCGGAUGGUCAUGAAGACUAUGAUUGAUAGCCCUGGAUUUGAUAGAGUCUUGCAAAAGGUAUUAAUCAUAGGCAGCAGGUAAUUUUACCGAAAAGGAGGUAAUUAUUUAAUAUACAUGACUAUACAAAACAUGGUUUGUUUGUUUGUUUUUUCGGGUUGGGUUACAGUAGUAUGCAUUGUUAAAGUACCACUAAAAUUGUUAAUUUGACUUUACCUCUUCAUAGAAAUAAACAGUAUGUUAAAGGGACAUUCUAAGCAACCAAAACCAUUACAUCUUGAUGUAGUGGUUUUUGUUGCAAAGAUUUUGUCCCACUAAUCUGACAAAUUUAAACAUUGUCAUUUCUGAGAACUAGCAAUGUCUGUCUCCCUCAGAAAACACUUUAACCCCUUAAGGACCAAACGUCUGAAAUAAAAGGGAAUCAUGACAUGUCACACAUGUCAUGUGUCCUUAAGGGGUUAAAAGUACACUAUGGUCACCGAAACAACUCUAGCUUAAUGAAGAGGUUUUAAUGUGUAACUUAUGCCCCAUGCAGUCUCCCUUCUCAAUUCUCUUCCAUUUAAGAGUUAAAUCACUUUGUUUAUGCAGCCCUAGUCACAAGUCCCUGCAUGUAUUGUGCACAGCCUUCCUAAACACUUCCUGCAAAGAGUCAUCUUUACACUUCCUUUAUGGCAAAUUCUUUAGAAAUUAGAAUUUCUUAACUCCUGCUCUGUUAAUAGCUUGCUAAAUCCUGCAAGAGCCUCCUGUAUGUAGUUAAAGUUUAAUUUACAGAGCAGCGGAUAAAAACUCAUAAGGUAACUUAAGACCUGAUUGAAAAUAAAAACUUUUUUUUUUCAUGAUGUCUGGGCUGCAUAAUCAGAAACAAAAGCGAUCUAACUCCUAAAUGGCCUAAAAUUGAACAUUGAAAUUGCAGGGGCAUGAUCUAUAAACCAAAACUGCUUAAUUAAGCUAAAGUUGUUUUGGUGACAACGUUUGCCAUCAAAAUGAAGUUGUUGGUGUCGUGCCAGGAGGUGCCUGGCACUGUAUUUCAUUAAGCCAUUAAACCAUUCACAAAUGUCUCCUCUUCAACAUCCGUUUUCUGAAAAUCUUCAAAAUGGAAAUUUCGGACUGCUCUGGGCAGGGGCACUACAGAUUGGACUGAAGUUUCUGCUGAUCGCUCUUAGCCAAUCAGUAGCUCCCCAAUCAUAAAAAAAAGACUUGUAAGUAUGUUUCUCAAGACAUUUUGUAAUUGGGUGCCUACUGAUUGGCUAGAGCGCUCAAGGCUUAUGUUUUGAACAUUUUUGGAAAGGGGUUGUUUGGAGGAGGCAGAGCGAAAUGAUGCUGGAGAGGAGACUUGGGAGAUAAACUGUUCAUUAACAGUUUAACCCCACUAUAACAACUUAAUUUUUAUGAAAUUUCUAUGGUGCUCACUGUGUUCCUUAAAGACUGUUUUAAAAAGUGAACUUUUUGUAUUCCCAGUAUAGUGACAUCAAACUCUGAUGGGGUUAUUUAGUAAUCCAUACCUCCCAACAGUUCAUAGGCCAAGGACUUAGUUUAGGAGAGCCAACAGAUGUUCCUGCUUUGGAGCUUCCAUCUCUCAACUAGAUUAGUAGUUGACGCAGGGUAUUGAGCCUGCAGAGCACAUGCAAGAAGUCAAACCAUUCUAAAACGAUUUGACUUUUUAUAAUGGGAUUCGACACCAGGGCACAACAUGGUCAAAUAUUUAUUACAGAAUGCUGUAGUGGCUAUGGUGAUUGAAUUGUUCCUUUAAAGGAACACUAUAGCGUUAGAAAUACAAAACUACACUGAGCUAAGCCUGGCCGUAUAGGUUUGCACUCAUUGGCUGAGAAUGUUUAGCUGAUGCUCUCAGCCAAUGAGCCGGCUGUGCACAAAAAGGCUUAACUGAGUGGAGCUAACAAAAACUCCUAGCAUUAGUUCCAACUCAAUAGAAGGUAGCAAUAGGAAAGGUGGGCUCAAGUGACUUGUCAAACUCUUCUUUAAUAGUUUGACUGCUUACUGUGGAAAAUCCAGCACAUCAGUUUGUAUGUGAAUUUCUAUGUUAAAUGCAAAAUAAAAAACAACAAUCUUUCAAUCUAAAUGAGUUUUUUUUGUCACUUUUUAUCAACCGCACAAAGUACUUUGGUCGCUGAUGUAAUAUUUUUGGACAAAUGUUUCAAAUUUUUUUAUGUUUUUGAAUACUUUUUUUAUAUACUGAAAAAUAUUUUCAUAUAUAGUUUUUAUAUACAGUGGGACCUUGGUUUACAAAUGCCUCGGUUAACAUAAUUUUUGGUUUACAAAUGAAAAUCCAUUGAAAAUAAUGCCUCGGUUUACAAUUUUUUUCGCAAUACAAAGCAAGUUUCCCUAGGAUGCAUUGCGCCUGGGAGGUUUAUAGCACCGCCCCCUGCAUGCUGGAGCCUGUGGGUAGCACGUGGCGUUGAGUGUGGAGGUGUUGGUGCGGCUUUUGCAUCGAGUUUUGGAACCAUUCUGGAAAUUGUUUGGAGUUGUUUUGGAACUUUUUAGUGCAUUUUUCAAGCUGUGAAAAGGUAGGGAGCUGAGCUUCGUCGUUUGCAUGCCUUUUACUGUGUGUUCUGCAUUGUGGGUUGGUUUCCAUGCCAGCUCAUUGACUUUUUUUCUGACCUCCAGAACGGAUUAAUUUUUUCAAUGCAUUCCUAUGGGACACCGCGUUUCGAUUUACAAAUUGUUCACAAUAAGAAACAUCCCGGAGAACGCAUUAAAUUCGUAAACCGAGGUCCCACUAUAUAUAUUUUAUAAUUUUAAAAGUAUAUCCAAAAAUAAUAAUCGGGGCAUUUAUUGGAAACAUGCAUUUAUCAUAAAAUAAAUGCAAACAUUCAAGAUACAUAAUGAUGAUCUUUAUAUAAAUAUGCCAAAACAGUUUCAUUUAUUUGCACCAUUCAGUGCAAUAUAAUAACCAAUAAAAAAACAUGGCCUACUUUGUAUUAAUGUGCUAUUUUGUUAGGUGGAACUUGUGUCUGCGAGUCCCGGAAAGGUAGUAUGUGAAAUGAAAGUUGAAGAAGAACAUACAAAUCGUGGAGGAACAUUGCAUGGAGGAUUAACUGCAACCCUGGUUGAUGUAAUAUCUACAGCUGCUCUUGUCCAUACAGAGAGAGCAGCUCCAGGAGUUAGUGUGGAUAUGAACAUAACGUGAGUAUUUAGUCUAUGUAAUCAAGCGUCAGUGAUUUAGGGCACUCCAGAGUAAUUCCCAGUUUAGGUGCUUGUGCCGCAGGUAGGCUUCCUGUUCCAUCUAACCUCCUCUAUUAAGAAACUACACAAAAUCCUCAGCACACAGUAGAAUUGUGUAAUGGUGGAUAAAUGAGCCAUCAAACGUGAAAAGGCACUACAAUGUUGCAACGCCCAAGGUUAAUUUUUAGUUUUUAGCAUUAGUGAAGGUGGAUCAGUCUCACUUGCUAGUUGCCCAUGAUUAUAAGUAUAAUCUAAGCACCAAGACAACUUUAGCUUAAAGAAGCAGUUUUAAUGUAGAAGGAGUUAAGGCAUUAUUGUUUCUGUUUAUGCAGACAUAUCCUCACCUGCCCUGCCUGAGACUCCUACAGACAGCGGUGUGUUUACCGCGAGGCUGACAAGGCAUUUGCCUUGAGUGGCACUUUCACAGGGGUGGCAAAAAAAGCUGCCCCCCAAACGCCAUGACAAAUGCCUUGCCAGCUUCUUGUACGGGGGGCUCAGGAGCUGGCCACCUCUGGGCCCACCCGAGGCUGGCAUGGGCUGAUGUGGGCGGCGAGGGAGCACUGCAGUAGAGCCGGAAUAUGACGUCACUCUGGCUCCGGCAUCACUAAGAGGCGCACAAGGGAGCUGAACAGGAGGGUCACUGCUCCCUCGCUGCCUCCUCUAUGAGCCUGCCUGCCCACCCACAUGCCUGGCAGCCCUGGCAGCAGCAGCUCCACUGGACCCCAGGGAAGAAGCUACCACAAUGUAAGCAAAUAAUACAAUUUAAAAAUUUGUGAGUGUAUGUGUGUGUGUCUGAUAGUGAGAGUGGGAGGGUGUUGGUGAGUGUGUGAGUGUUAUUAUGUCUGUUGGUAAGAGUGCGUGUGUCUGUCAAAGAGUGUCUGUCAGUGUGUGUAUGUGUGUCAUCACUGAGCGUGUGUAUCUGUCAGUCAGUGUGUAGGUCUGUUAGCGAAUAUGUGUCUCUGACACUGAGUGUAUAUGUGUCUGUCAGUGAGUGUGUAUGUGUGUUUGGCAGGGAGUGAGUGUGCGUCUGUCAGUAAAUGUGUGUAUGUGUAUCUGUCAGUGAAUGUGUCUGUCAGUGAGUGUGUAUGUUUCAGUGAAAGUGUGUGUUUGUUAAACAGUGUGUGUGACAAUGACUUUGUAUCCGUCAGUGAGUGUAUGUCAGAGUAUGCAUCAGUGAAGGCAAAGAGCGUGUUGGUUUUUAACAUGAAGUGAAAUUUAGGUGGGGGGGAGGGGUGCCUGAGUUUUGUCUACGGCUGCAAGAAAAAACAGAAUACACCACUGCCUACAGACCAAAUUAAAAAAUUGUUUCAUUUUCAAUCAGCACAAUAGUUCAUUUACAAUUUUUUUAUCUCCUGCUCUGUUAAUUGAACUUUAAUAACACACAGGCGGCUGUAGCAGACUAUUAACAGAGCAGAAGAUAAAAAAUUCUAAAUUAAAGGGUUACUCUAACUAUUUGAAGUGGCCAUGGUGAUUGGAGUCUAGAUGUGCAGUGUUUGGAGAAAAACCUACUUAACUUAAAAACUAGCUACUGGGCCAGCAGUCCCUAAGGCGUGGGGAACUGUUCCCCCGUAUCCCCAACCGUGGGUAUAAGAUGCAGUACUUUACAAUAAUUAAAUAGUAGUAGUGGUGGACAGAUCACUGUUGAUCCCCAUACCGUCACCUGUGUCCAGCAUGUGGAGAAUAAAUUAAAAAAAAAAAAAAAACUGGAGGAAAAUCAUUACAAAUUGAAAUCAGAAUCUACUCAGUCAUCAAAGGCACAACCCCAGCCCUGCAGUUGGAUCUUCUCAACUUUUAUGAGUAACUAAGUAGCUGAGCCUACACUGUGCAAUAUGCAGAAGGAGGUUUUGAACUAUUAAUGACAGGCAGCCGCACAGUGCUGUCAGGAAUAACUGCCAUGUUCUCUCCCUUCCCUUGUUCUCUCUGGGCUUCCCUGGCAUUAUAUAUUUAAUAGCACAAGUCAAACACAGCCCUGGCCAAUCAACAUCUCUUCAUAGAGAUGCAUUGAACCUGCCCAUCCCUCUGGUAACCCUUUCCCUGCCAGUCACUUUUACCUACCCAUCCCUCUGGUAACCCCUUCCCUGCCAGUCCCCGUUACCCACCCAUCCCUCUGAUAACCCUUCCCUGCCAGUCCCCGUUACCCACCCAUCCCUCUUGUAACCCCUUCCCUGCCAGUUCCUGUUACCAGCCCAUUUAGAUGCAUACUUCCAAAAACAGAAUAUUUAAGGAUAUUCUCUUUCACUGCAACUUCACGCCCUGGAGCUAUGAGCCAAAAGCAUACUCAUGGGCAUCUGGCUCUGUUGCUUGACUGGCAACUCAAGAUGAGGCCCCUGAAAUCUCUUCUCAAAGGAGAAAACGCACAUCUUAAAACUCCUGAAACAGGAUAGAUAUCAAACCUGACCCUUUUUUUACAUGCCUAGUUGCUCUCAAGAAAGCCACCAGUGAGGAGGUCGAAACCUAUUACACUCUACAAAUAUAUUACAGAAUUAAAGAGACACAUUUGCUUAUGAUACACAUACACAGCUGGGAUAGUGCAGAUCAGCUGGUUUUCAAAACACACCAAUCAAGUCACUAAACCUCUCCUCACCUGAAAUCCCUCUGUUAACAUACUGCAUCCUUAACAAUGGUUUAACCACUCAUUGAUAUAUGUGUGUAUAUAUAGCUAUGAUUUAUAUAUGUGCAUAUAUAUAAUCCGCUUAUCUAUAUAAUAAUACACAUUUUCUCUAAUGUUCUCCUUUCUAUUUUUCACUUUAACACUAACUUCUCUCUUUACUAAAAUAUCACUAUCCUUCUGAUCACCUGUCACUGGCAACACCACCUUCAUUACUUCCACUUUACUACCCUUUCCUCUCUAUUCAUCCCAUGCACUCUACAUAUACCUUUCCAGCUUAUCUCCACCAAUUCCUCCCAAAUCCUCUAUAUACAUACCCUCCUACAAAACUUUCAAAUCCUACUCCCACCUCCACUUCAUUUCUAUCCUUCUACUCCUAGCAGCUGGUGAUGUCUCUCCAAACCCCGGUCCCAUCUCGGCAAACUCACCACAUACUAACCCAAGGAUCCACACUAAUCUCAUACCCAUCUCAUGUUCCUCUAAAUCCUCCUUCAAUACUGCACUCUGGAAUGCACGCUCUGUUUGCAAUAUUAUAAAAUCCACUGCUGUCCAUAACUUCUUCAUCUCUCGUUCAAUAGAUUUACUAGCCUUAACAGAAACAUGGCUCUCCCUCUCUGACACUGCUACCCCUGCAUCUUUGUCCUUUGGUGGUCUUCAACUUACCCACAACCCAAGAAUCUCUGAAUGUAAAGGUGGUCGUGUAGGGUUUCUUCUCUCCCCUCACUGCUCCUUUAAACCUCUACCCACCCCCCGCCCCCACCCCUUCCCUCUCUUUCCCAACAUUUGAAAUUCAUUCAAUUCGCCUUUUCAAACCCUUCUCUGCUAACAUUGCUGUUAUUUAUCGUCCCCAUGGUUCCCCUCUCCUCUUCCUUGACCACUUUGCUGCCUGGCUACCCUACUUCCUCUCUUCUAAUAUUUCAUCCCUAAUUCUCGGGGACUUCAAUGUUCCCAUUAACCCACCUUUGACCUCUGCAGCCCCUAAACUACUCUCAAUUACUUCCUCCUUGGGCUAUACAGUGGGCUAAUUCUCCCACCUUUGUAGCUGGCAAUACCCUUCAUCUAAUCCUCUCUUAUGCAUGUACAGUAUCUAAUAUCUGCAACUCCAUUACCUCUCUCUGAUCACCACCUCUUAUCGUUUGCUCUCAUGUACCCCCUCACCCAACAACCUCAGCCUAUCCCCCCUCAACUCAGGAGGAACCUUAAUUCUCUUGAUCUCCAGCAGCUGUCAGCUGAUAUUGAUUCACAACUGCUUUCCAUCCCUUCCCUCUCCUAUCCUUCACUGGCCAUCUCCACAUAUAACACUACCCUGACCUCUGCCUUGAACACUGCACCCGUUCGGCCAACUCACACUUGCAGGACUUCUCGCUGGCGGCUCCCUUCCUAUGGAAUAGCCUGCCUACCGCCAUCAGACCUCCUAUAGAAUGUAAGCUCUUUUGAGCAGGGUCAUCUCCAACCUAUCGUUCCUGUAAGUUUUUUGUAAUUGUCCUAUUUAUAGUUAAAUGCCCCCUCUCAUAAUAUUGUAAAGCGAUACGGAAACUGUUGGCGCUAUAUAAAUGGCAAUAAUAAUAAUAAUAUGUUGAUCUCCUCCCCUUUCCACCAGGCAAGAAAAAUCUUCCAGGUUAUUUACUAAAGGGAGAAUUCAUAGUAAAUUUAAGGCUAGAGUAGCUAAACUGGAACCACAGCUCACUUAGAGAAUUUUUCCAGUUUGUCUAUUCUGAUCUUAAAUCUGAUAUUCACUUUGAAUUCUCAGUUUAGUGAAUAACCCUGGUUGUGUUUCUAAACUAUUGCAAAUGUAUUUUUUUCCAACAUAAAAACUGAUGUCAUGCUGCGCCCAGAGUUGGCUUUUCCUGGUAUGCAAGCUUAGUCUGUCCUCGUAGGGGGAAGAUGGAUUGUUUUUAUUGUCACAUUUUUUUUUCAAGUCUUACAGUUUUGUCGCAUAUUUCUAAGCUUUAUUUUGGCAUUUUUGGGGGCUGAAAAAAAGUUGAGAAAUAAAACAUCUCAUCAUGAUUUAUGUAUUUAUUAUUUUUGUUUUACUGACCCCACACCCCUUGCUCACAUUUAUUAGGGUUAGGGGGUUAGGUAGGUAGAGUCUCUAAUUUUGGUGGGUUGACUAGGGGCUUAGAGACCCAAGCCACCUGGGGGUAUAAUCAUUUAAUUCAAAUUAGAGCUCUGAAAUGUCGCCUAUGUAGAGGCUUGGAGGGACGCCGCCCCCCAUUUUAUAAUUAGAGAUCCACCCAUUACACUGGCUAGAGGUGACAUUAGGGGGUGUCAUCCCACCGCCCCCCCCAUUUUUCAGAUUAACAGCUGGCCACAUCUCGUGGGCGUGAACAGUUAUUUAAAGUCCCUCACUCGAUGCCCAUGAAUAGUACCCACCACAUUCUGAAUAUACAUGCCACCCUUCCCCCACUUUAUUUUAUUUUUAUGAGAAAUGUUGAUACCAACAGAUGGUACAUAGAUUUGUCUCUAGCUCGCAAGGCUAGCUAUCACACUGCUCCAAGUGUGCAUCCCAGCUCUCCAUGUUCAUCUAUCAUCUUUGCCCACUCUAUAUGCAUGGGAAAGAUAGGAGUUGUAGUCCAAAAGCUGAAAAGAUACAGCUACAAUACCCUAUGCCAAUGUUUCACUAAAUCAGUAUGAUUGAAGAUUUGAUGCAGUACUAGUCAAGGUGUGAAUAGGAGUUUUGCAAAAUGGUCUUUGUCAAUACACAGUAAAUUGUGUUGAAUAGCUAAAAAAAACUAACUAACUGUAUCUAAAGCAGGUUUUGUAUUGGUCCCUUCCAAAUGUUACUUUAGGUUUCUUAUUAUCAUGAUUUUGAUAGGCCUAACUUAUAAUAAGAUUAUAAUUCCCCUCUGGUCACAUUGUUGAUUACUUUCAUGUCUGAGUUACUACAGCCCUGGCUUCAGCCUAGUUUUUAUUGAUGAAACUAAACCAUCUUGUAUUAUAUUUAUCUUUUGUAUAUGAUAUAUACAUACACACACACACACACACACACACACACACACACACACACACACACACUAUUUCUUUGGACUUUUAUAUCAGUGUUUUAAAACAUUCUUUUUUUUUUUAAAGGUACAUGAAUGCAGCGAAAAUUGGGGACUCCAUUCUCAUCACUGCUCAGGUUUUAAAGCAAGGAAGAAGCCUGGCCUUUGCAACUGUAGAUCUGACUAAUAAAGUCACAGGAAAAAUGAUCGCACAGGGCCGACACACAAAGCAUCUGGGGAAUUGACAUUGAUGGAAUGUUUGUUAUGGCCUAAGUAAUAGAUGGAAAGAACAAAUUAAGCACACAUUAGAUUACUUCCUGCUCAUACAAACAUGGAAAACUUUUUGGUUAACUACGAAAAGGUUACACAAAGGUUUCCAAUGCUAUAGUUUCAUUUAUCUUGAUUAAAAAAAUGUCACUUGAGGUUAUCUAACCAAGUCUUGGAACUCAUCAUUGCUUUAAAGGACUAUUUGAAUCUAUUACCGGUGCUCCUUAUUAAAAAUCCAACAUUCAAAAUGAACAAAUACAUUCACAAAAAGUUCUGG